CUGUAAGGGUGUUGCAGAGGCAGCUCUGCACUGUGCUGUGCUAGGAGGCAGUGCUCACAGAAGCCAGACCUCUCAGCAGUGCAGGACCCUGUGCCCUGUGUCCCCCACCAGAGAGCACCAAAAUGGGACAGAGCUUUCAGGUGCAGCUUGAUAUAGUCCUCACCCUCCUACUCCUGCCUCUGGGGGCUGCAGUGACCGGAGACACCUAUCACAAUUGCUAUGGGGCUCCAGGCCUGCCAGGCCUGCCAGGACUGCCAGGAGGGCAGUGUCCCUGUAGCUGGAUCUGUGCAUCCCAGCAAUUCCUGCUACUCAAGCCAGGUAAGACUGGCCCCGUCGGUCCCCCUGGUCCUCGUGGAGACCCAGGAAUGAUGGGCACUGCUGGAGAGCCAGGCAUGCCAGGCAGCUACAAGCAGAAGCACCAGUCAGCGUUUUCGGUGACGAGGCAGACUAGCGUAUACCCCUUGAAGAACGUCCCCGUGGUGUUCAACCAUGCCAUCACCAACACAAACAAUGACUACAAUACCACCACAGGCAAGUUCACCUGCAAGCUCCCUGGCCUCUACUACUUUGUCUUCCACACUUCACAGACAGCCAACCUCUGUGUCAUGCUAUACAAGAACAUGAAUAAGGUGGCCAGCUUCUGUGACCACAAGACCAACACCAUGCAGGUAAGCUCAGGUGGGAUCCUCCUCCAUCUGGAAGCUGGACAGCAGAUCUGGCUGGCAGUGAAUGAUUACAAUGGCAUGGUGGGCAUCAGUGGCUCCGACAGCAUCUUCUCAGGGUUCCUGCUCUUCCCGGACUAGAAGACUGCCAGAUCCCACCUUAGCAUGCUGAGCUCUUCUCCCUGCCAUGCAAAUGCUGUCACUCACCACCAGGCCUUUGCUAACGCCUCGCCAUGGCAAAGUUUGUCUGCUAGGAUGGCAGACCCAAUGAGGGUGUCAGCCCCAGCAGCUGGCCACAAUCCCCUGGGCUGGAGACUGACUGGGCUGAAUAUUGAGAACAAGCACAUCUGACUACAUCUGUGCCCCAAGGGACGCUGCCAAGCCUCUGAGGACCUGCUGGCACUGCCAUGUGCAGCAUAACACACAGAUCACUUGCUUUCUGCCCUGAUAACCCCACAUUACCUUCUGCUACCCAAACCCAGGGCCCAAAGGUGUCUGUGUCUCUCACCUUCCCACUUCAGUUGCAUCAGUGACAAGCACAAGCCAAGUGGUCUGGAGCAGGCUUGCAGCAGGCACUUUGCAAUGACUUGGCUGUGGCAAGUGUCAAUAAACCUUCCCCCAGUG